AUGCAUAUCUAUCUAUCUAUCUAUCUAUCUAUCUAUCUAUCUAUCUAUCUAAGUCUGCUCAUAUCUAUCUAUCUAUCUAUCUAUCUAUCUAUCUAUCUAUCUAUCUAUCUAUCUAAGGGCACCUUGAGUUAUGCUUGGAAAAUCACUAUCUAUCUAUCUAUCUAUCUAUCUAUCUAUCUAUCUAUCUCAUUCUGCUCAUAUCUAUCUAUCUAUCUAUCUAUCUAUCUAUCUAUCUAUCUAUCUAUCUAUCUAUCUCAGUCUGCUCAUAUCUAUCUAUCUAUCUAUCUAUCUAUCUAUCUAUCUAUCUAUCUAUCUAUAGUAGUCUUUCCAUUGAAACUCUAUCCAACUCUUUUUGUCUUCUAUCUAUCUAUCUAUCUAUCUAUCUAUCUUUUUGAAUCUGUUCAUAUCUAUCUAUCUAUCUAUCUAUCUAUCUAUCUAUCUAUCUAUUCAUAUCUAUCUAUCUAUCUAUCUAUCUAUCUAUCUAUCUAUCUAUCUAUCUAUCUAAAACUGUUGAUAUCUAUCUAUUUAUCUGAGUCUGUUCAUAUCUAUCUAUCUAUAUAUCUAUCUUCUGUUCAUAUCUAUCUAUUUAUCUAUCUAUCUAUCUAUGUGAAUCAUAUCAUAUCUAUCUAUCUAUCUAUCUAUCUAUCUAUCUAUCUAUCUAUCUAUCUAUGUGAGUCUGUUCAUAUCUAUCUAUCUAUCUAUCUAUCUAUCUAUCUAUCUAUCUAUCUAUCUAAAUUGUUGAUAUCUAUAUAUCUGUCUCAGUCUGUUCCUAUCUAUCUUUCAAAUUUACGACCGACUCUUACUGCAAUAAUCUUGAUUAAUUUAUUGAUAAUUAUGCUCGCCAUUUCAUGUGAUCGACAUUCUUUGUUGCUUUACGAGUUUCGCUGUGAAUUUCACCGAUUGUUUCUGCGCAGAAAAUACCUAAUGAAGCUUUUCAUUUAUUGGUCUGACGAUUUUUUUUCUUUUUCUUCUUCUGUCUGGUUUGCAUUUUUUUACCGUCUGCAUCUUAUUUUUACACUCUGUCGUUUUUUUUUUUUUUCCUAUUUACAUCUUUGUUGGUUUCUUUCUUUCUUUUUCUUACCUUUUAUUCUUAUUUCUUUCUUUUCUAUUUUCUCUUUCUUGCUAAAUCCUUUCAUUUUUUUUCUUUAUUUUCGAUCAUUCUAUUCUUUCUUUCUUUUUCAAUAUCUUUCUUUUCUUAUGUUUCCUUCUCUCUCUCUCUCUCUCUCUUUCUCUCUCUCCCCCUGGUUUUUCUUUGAGUUUCUGUUUUUUUUAUUAUUUCAUUCUUUCUGUCUGUUUUUUUCUUUCAUAUUUCCGCACUUGUCUUACACAUUUCCGUUUUUCUUUCACAUGUCUGUUAUUCUUUCAUUGUUUCUUUCUUUCUUUGCUUCUUUCUUUUACAUAUCUGUUUUUCUUUCUUCCUUUCUUUCUUUCUUUCUUUCUUUCUUUCUUUCUUUCUUUCUUUCACAUUUCUGCGUUUUCCUUAUAGUUUUCCAUUAUUCUUUCUAUUAA